UGAGGCUGCCCUACCCGGCCAACGUGCAACUCGAGGCCUAGAUGCGGCCUUUUCUCGAACUCAUUGUACAUCUUACCCGUCACCGACCUCAUUCUUCCAUAGGUAUCUUUUAAGUGCCGACUGAAUCGGAGACAAUGGGAAAAUGAAUCGAUUUCGCGUGCUAAGAAUCAUAUGGACACUGCAUGAAGAACGACUGGGUGAGAUGCUGUGUUUGUUCUACUCAUAUGUAUGUACAUUACAUACAACAAAGCGAGUGAAGCGAAAGACUGCUGCCAUUUCCGAUAACGUUUGUGUUUGCGAGGUUACGACAGGGCUCGUGCAAUCUGUAGCAGCGAAUGCAACGUUCUCUCUGCAACGAGUUGGGGAUUAAUGCGAAGAUUCGGCGGAGCUGCUGGCGAGACUCGG